AUGAUCUCUAUACGUCUGUCUGUCUUGUGGGCAGCUAUUUUGCUCUUUGCUAUCGCAAAUGGGCAGACUGAAACUGAACCGACUACCAGUGUGGCAACUAAGGCUGUGACCACGCUGGCUCCAACAACCGCUGCUUGGGAAUCGGAGACUUUGAACGAGGGUCAAGCUAUCCAGAAGGCUCUGCAAUACCUCCUGAACCAUCGCCAAUCCGACUGGGGCUGGGGCAAUGACACUCAUCAUGUCAUGUUGACUUUGCAGUUAGCAAAUAAUACUGGCAAGGAAAUAGAGCAACAAGGAUUGGAGAUGCAACUGUCGGCUAAACAAAUGGAGAUUGAAAUCUUGCUCAUGAUGUCCAAGCACCACGAGUCCCCUCCCCCGCUAGGGCGUCUUGCUGCCUACACGCUAGCCCUGGGAGCGCUCUGCAAGGAUCCUCGCUCUUUCCACGGAAGGGACCUGGUCGCUGCUCUUUUACAUCGUGAACCACCCCAUGACCUCGAAUUCGCUUACGCCACUUUGGCAGCCUGCUCGUCAGCUGCUCACGUAAGACGCCGCCACAUCAGGAGACUCCUAGAUAUCGCUAACGCUGCAGCCGAUCAUAGCCUCGAUACUAUAUCGAUGGUGAUCCUGGCUCUCCGCUGCGUGGUUCAGGAUCAUCGUCACCGUAGCCUGAUCCAUUUCGUUCGUCGUCCCAUGGCCGGUUUGGCUCGCCAGCAACAUCCCGAUGGUAGCUUCGGAUCAUUGACAACCACUGCAUUGGCCAUACAGGCUCUGGAAGAUUCCGACACAGGUCCCGGUGCCCAUCAACAUUGGAGUCUGCCCGCUGCUCGUAAGUGGCUCCUGGAGCGUCAAUCAUCUGAUGGAGGUUGGGGCGAUGCUGCCAGUACAGCAGCCGCUGUGGCCGCUCUCACACCGGCAUCACUGGCCGCUGUUAGACCGCCGCAUUGCAGCGACAAACUGCUCGAUAGUCGCCACGAACCACUAGACAACAACGGCGGUGAUGGAACUCUGAAGUUGGCUUACCAAUCCCACUCUACAAACGACUCGGAUGCUCGCAAUGUUUCCUUCACCUACACUCUUUGGCUCGGCACCAACGUUACUGAGAACUACACCCUGUAUAUGGUUGCUCCGAGGAACAUUUCCUUCUACCACGUGAUGCAAAUGGCGGCUGAACAGGAACCGAAGUUCAAAUUCGAAGCCAGCGAAUGGCCCAACGGUCACUACGUUCACACCCUAGCUGGUCACAAGGAAGAACCGAUGGGAUAUCACUACUGGCUGCUGUACCGUCUGCCAGAAAUACCUGACCCCGCCAGCCCUCCCGGCAACCAACUUGUCGCUCCUGUUGGUGUUGACGACUUGAUGGUGGAAGACGGAGAACAUUAUUUGUUCUGGUACAAGAAACUGUAA